AUGAAUGAACGACCGUCGCCCCUGGGGGCUUAUCGCUCAGGAAUAACGCAACCAGAGAGGAGCAGCCAGAUUUACAGCUAUAAGUACUCCUCUCAAAAUUCUUUUUUGUAUGAUGUUAAGCGAGAAGUGUACAAUGAGGAGAAUUUUCAACAGGAACACAAAAGGAGGGUCUCUUCUUCCGGGACCAUGGACAUCAAUAUCACCACCUUCACACAUAAUGUUCAAUGCAGCUGCUCAUGGCACAGGUUUCUAAGAUGUAUGUAUAUGAUCUUUCCCUUCCUCGAAUGGACAUGUUUGUACCGAUUUAAGGAUUGGCUUCUUGGAGAUUUACUUGCUGGUUUAAGUGUUGGCAUUGUGCAAAUUCCUGAAGGUCUGACACUUUCUUUGAUGACAAGACAACUGAUUCCUCCUCUUAAUGUCGCUUACACAGCUUUCUGUUCUUCUGUAAUUUAUGUAAUUUUUGGAUCAUGUCAUCAAAUGUCCAUUGGUCCCUUCUUCCUUGUGAAUGCUCUGAUGAUCAACGUCCUGAAGGAGAGACCAUUCAAUUAUGGUCACCUGGUCAUGGGAACUUUUAUCAAGGAUGACUUUUCUUCCCCCACCUACUUUCUCAACUAUAACAGAUCUUUAAAUGUGGUGCAAACUACAACUUUUCUGACUGGGAUUUUUCAGAUAUCUAUGGGCGUGCUUGGUAUGGGCUUUCUGUCUGCUUACCUUCCGGAGGCGCUGAUCAGUGCUUACCUAGCUGCUGUCGCUCUGCACAUCAUGCUGUCCCAGCUGACUUGUAUCUUAGGGAUUGUAAUUAGCUUCCACGCUGGUCCCAUCUCCUUCUUCUAUAACAUAGUGAACUACUGUAUAGGUCUCCCCAAAGCUAAUUCCACCAGCAUUCUACUGUUUCUAACUACUGCUGUUGCUCUGAGAAUCAACAAAUGUAUCAAAGUUUCUUUCAAUCAAUAUCCCAUCAACUUUCCAAUGGAAUUAAUUCUGAUUCUUGGCUUCACUGUACUUGCUCACAAGAUAAACCUGGUCACAGAAACCAGCCGUAACUUCAUUGAGAUCAUUCCAUAUAGCUUCCUGUUUCCUUCACUACCAAAUUUCAGCAACUUUUUUUCUAGACUUAUUUUACCAGCUAUAUCCUUAUCUAUUGUGAGCUCCUUUAUGGUUAUAUUUCUGGGCAAGAAGAUUGCUGGUCUCCACAACUACAGAAUCAACUCCAAUCAGGAUCUAAUAGCCAUUGGCUUUUGCAAUAUUGUCAGUUCAUUCUUCAAAUCUUAUGUAUAUUCUGCUGCUAUUGCCAGGACUAUUAUCCAAGAUAAAGCUGGAGGAAGACAACAGUUUGCAUCUCUGGUAGGCGCAGGUGUGAUGCUGCUCCUGAUGAUGAAGGCGGCACAGUUUUUCUACGAACUGCCAAAUGCUGUGCUGGCUGGAGUUGUUCUGAGCAACGUACUGCCCUACCUUGAAGCCAUUUACAACCUACCCAGUCUGUGGAAGCAGAACCAAUAUGACUUUGUUGUCUGGAUCUUUACAUUCUUAUCUUCGAUUUUCCUGGGAUUGGACAUUGGACUACUUAUGUCGAUAGUUUUUGCUUUCUUCAUCACCACUCUCCGUUCACACAGAACUAAGAUUCUCAUCCUGGGUCAGAUCCCUAACACCAACAUUUACAGAAGCAUCAAUGACUAUCGGGAGAUUACAACUAUCCCUGGGGUGAAAAUUUUCCAGUGCUGCAACUCCAUUACAUUUGUAAACGUGCACCACCUAAAAAACAAGCUGUUAAAGGAGGUAGGUAUGGUAAGGGUGCCUCUUAAAGAAGAAGAGAUUUUCAUGCUGUUUACUCAACAUGAAUCCCGCCGUCAGGAAAACCCUAUGUGUAGGUGUUCCUGCAACUGUGAUGAACUGGAGCCACCACCUAGGAUUGUCUACACAGAACGAUUUGAAAAUAAAGAGGCUCUUGAUGCGUCCUCUGUUAACCUGGUCCGCUGCUCACAUUUGGAGAGCAUAAAUAUAAGCCCAAGUGUAUCUGUUGAACAAAUGCCAAACACCGGAUCUUCGUCGUCUCAGAGAAUUCAAGGACAAAACUACGGGCAUAUGGAGAAAGUCCGGAUUGCUAACCACCCUUCAAGAAAUAGCUUGCUUCCACCACCUGAUACUACAGAAAGUCAGGAGAGAUCACUCAUCCCUUACUCAGACAUGUCUUUUCAACCCAGCACCCACACCAUUAUCCUGGAUUUCUCCAUGGUGCAAUAUGUUGAUUUUCAUGCUUUGGUGGUAUUAAGACAGAUGUGCAAUUCUUUCCAAAACGCCAACAUUUUGGUGCUCAUUGCAGGGUGUCACCCCUCUGUGGUCAGGAUGUUUGAAAAGAAUGACUUCUUUGAUGAAGGCAUCACCAAGGCCCAGCUGUUCCUCAGCCUCCACGAUGCUGUGCUGUUUGCCUUAUCAAGGAAGUUUCCAGAGCUCUCUGAGUUAAGCGAGGAUGAAUCUGAGACAGUGAUACAGGAAACCUACUCAGACGUGAACAAGAAUGACAUUCCAAGACACAAAAGUAGUAACUUUCCAGAGAGCCACAAAAAUCCAAGUCCAACAUUUGCCAAGGGCCAGGCGCCAGUAGAAGAGGAGUCAGAGUUUGAUUUGGAAAUGGAGCCCAUGCUGGGGUCAGAACGAGAUGCAGGGCUGGAUUCGUACCUGGACCUUCCAUCUGAGAUGUACCCAGAAACUGAGCCUGAGUCCGAGCUGGAGCUGGAAGCCCAGAGUGAUGUGGAUCCCAAGACCCCACCAGAGACGGAGAUAGAGACUGAUCCCGAGAUGGAGCUGGAGGUGGAGAGGGUGCCCCAGCCCAAAUCCAGGUCAAGGGCUUACACGUACCCUCAGCGGCAGCAGAGGCAAUCUUACUCUGAGGCUACCCAAACCCAGUCUCAGUCUCGGCCUCAGACACCGUCAGUGGAGAGGAGAGGGCAACAUAUGGAUUCAUACUCACCCAAUGCCUAUGACGAUGAGUCCCCCUAG